GGAAGAGUGGAUGUCAUUGUUGGUGCCGUUUCAUUUAUCAUUGUGGGUUCAUUAUCUUAUAUUGUUGUAGGAUUAUUAGCUAGUAGGUUGGAUGGUAAUACGGGAAUAAAAUUAUCUUCAAUCUUGAUUCCUGUAUUUAUCACUUUAUCUCUCAUCUUUUGUUGUACGGGAUGCUGUUUACCUUGUGCUCUCUUAGCAUGGAAUGUGGAUGAUCUUGAGAGUGGUUCUGAUUCUGCGUUUAAAACUCAUGAUAAACGGAUUACUUAUCCUACAGCGGCUGGUCCAAGUACUUCAUUUGCUAGUGGUAGCAAUGAAACUGCAAAGGAUGAUGCAUGUAUCAUUGUCCGUUCUGAAGAGGAUACCGCUGUUUUAUUACUGAACUCUCGUAUAAUGAAAGAUCAUGAUUAUCAAAAACAACAAGAUACACUAGUAGUUUGGACUGAACCUAAUGGAUUGGACUUGGCUUUAAGUUUUCAGGAAGCUGAGGGUUGUACAGAAAUAUGGGAGUUUAUAUCGGACAUUAAAGUUCGUAUGGGCAAUUCAAAUUCUAGUGGUGAUCCUCCACCUGACCCAGAAGUACCACCAAACAUGUCAAUAAAAUUACCGGAACCGACCUUAUCUAAUUUAGAAGAAAUCGAAACAAUAAUUAAAGUUUCAAGUCGAUCCAUUUAUGAACGAGAAAAGUUAGCGGCAUUUGUUACUCAGGGUUACAUUGCCAAAUUAUUACCUCUACUUGGGACAUGUGAAGACCUCGAAGAUUUAAAAGACUUACAUAGGUUAUGUAAUAUAAUGAAAGGCAUUAUAAUGCUUCAAGAUAGCGAAAUUUAUGAAUUUAUUUUACGCGACGAUGUAAUUAUGCAAGUUGUUGGAAUGUUGGAAUAUGAUCCUGAAUUCCCUACUUACAAAGCUAACCAUCGUCAAUAUCUAGCAGAUAAUUCAAAAUUUAAAGAAAUUGUCAAAAUAAAGGACAAGACGAUCGAAACAAAGAUUCAUGAAACUUUUCGCCUUCAAUAUCUCAAAGAUGUAGUGUUUGCACGUGUAUUCGAUGAUCCAACAAGUUCCAUACUUUCAUCGCUCAUUUUAUUUAAUCAUGUUGAUAUUUGUAAACAUAUUUCACAAGAUGAUGAAUUUUUGGAAGAACUUUUCAAUAUCCUUAAUGAGGAAGAUGGUUCACCAAAACGUAAACAUGACGUUAUUAUGUUUGUUCAACAACUCUGCUUCAUCGCAAAAAGCAUUCAUGUACCACAUAAAAAAGAAUUAUACAGGUCAUUAGCAAGGCAUGGAUUAUUUAAAGUUUUUGAUCAUUCAUUGGUGGAUGAUGAUCCAACUGUCAAGACUGCUGGUGGCGAAAUAUUAGCAUCUCUUUUGGAUACAGAUGCAAGUAUUAUUAGAUCUCAUAUUGUGAAACAGGCUGAGGACAAAAAGAAAACUUUGGCAGAAACAAUUAUUGAAAGAUUUAUUCAAGAUCAAGACUUGGGCGUAAAAGCUCAAUAUGCUGAAGCUCUUCGACUUUUACUAGAUAUGAAUGCUGGACUAUCAGAGAUGGGUUUUAUAGUUCCUCCAGAGUCGUUACCUCUACUUCAACCUAAACAUGAUGAUGACAUCGACAAUUUUUUAAACUUAUUUUAUGAAGAGCUGAUAUCAAAGAUGGUAAAACCUGUUUCAGAUUUACCAGAUUUUGAAAAAGAAGAUGAGGUUCUUAAAUUAUCUUCUGAUGUAGCAGCAUUAUGCUUUCAUAUAUGCGAGCUCUUGUCAUUUGUUAUCAAACAACAUACUUUUAGAAGUAAAUAUUUUGUAUUAUCGACCGAUAUAACAUCAAAAAUAAGUAUUUUAUUCAGAAGUCCUGAAAAAUAUUUAAAAUUAGCCGCUCUGCGGUACUUUCGAGCUUGUAUAGGUAUGAAGGAAGAUUUUUAUAAUAGAUAUCUAGUACGUAAUAAUCUUUUCGAUCCCAUAAUACGCGUGUUUAUGGAAACGAAGGGACGGGAUAACUUAUUAAAUUCAGCAUUUCUUGAGCUAUUUGAUUUCAUACGAAAGGACAAUAUUAAGUUUCUUAUAAAUCAUAUAAUGGAAAGGCAUGGUGAACAAUUAUUAAAGAUUGAUUAUGUUGAUACUUUUCAACAACUUCAACUUCGUUAUGAACAAAAUAAAGAAAUCCUUAUUGGAUCAGAUAAGUCACCAGGAGAAUCUAGUCAAAGCCAAAGCAAUAUACGCCCGGGUCGUGAAGGUUGGUCAUCUGCAAUAGGGGAUGAAGAUGAAGAAGCAUAUUUCAACACAUCAGAUGAAGAAGAUAAUAUUAGUAGUACGUCUGGUGAAUGUUCGAAAAUUAGCACAACAAAACAGGAUGCAGAAUCUAAAGAAGAAUUAACAUCUAAAGAUGAAUCAAAGGCAUCAGUAGAUUCAAAAGAUGAAUCAAAAGAUGAGUCGAAAGAUGAAUCAAAAGAUGAGCCAAAAGAUGAUUCAAAAGAUGAUUCAAAAGAUGAUUCAAAAGAAGAGUCAAAAGCUAGUGUGGGGUCAGUGGGGUUGGUUGACUAUCCAGAUGAGGAUGAUGAUGAAAAUGUGAAAAAGAACAUUGAUGAGUUAGUAACUCCCGAUAAACAAGAUAAACAACAAACAUCAACUUCACCACCAUUAUCACCAAGACCAACCCAGCCAAUCAUAGGGAAACGAUCAAGACCUGAUGAUGACGACGAUGACGACCUUUUGUUACGUGCAAAAACACAAACUACGACAAGCGAGAAUGCCCUCUCGUCAAAUGGGUCCUCACCCAAGAAAGGUGGAUUGAAGAUCCUGCGAUCGUCUCCGACGUUAAGGCCGAAAAUGAAGAAGGCACGCACAGAAUAA